AUGUCUGUCUUCACGAGUCUUGCCUUGGCUGCCGCUAUCGCGGUGGCAACGGGAUCCAAGCUGGGCGUCACAGACGGCCCCGCAUAUUACAACAAGGCGAAUUUGCGAUUGGGCGGCGUAGACCACAUCACGCGAUUGGGGGAAGAGUGUGGUUUCAUGGACGCCGCAUACCAGUCCAUUGCCAUCAAGCACGUGAACAUGCGGGAUUCCAGUUGGUGCAACGCCAUCGCGGACUUGUCCCCGGACUGGGAUAUGUCCUUGGUCCUCAUGGACGCGACCGAGCAAGCAGAGGGCGAUGCGCCGCCGAAGGCGGCGCUGUCUGCUGGACUGAAGCUGGUCGGCCCCUCGGACGACGCCCAGGCUCCGUUCAUGAGCUGGGUAGGCACCAGCGUGGCACCGUGGAACGAGUCCAACUUUUCGGGCGCGGGCCAUGACAUUUUGCCAGUGCACGGGAUUCUGGGCCCAUCGUACAGCGGCACCACCAUGAAGACCAGCUCUUUCUUCGACAGCUUCAGCGUGCCCAUCAUGAGCGCUUACGCCACCAACCCCGCCAUGUCCCAGAAGUCGGGCAACAGCGGCUACCCGAAUUUCUGGCGCACUUGCCCCCCAGACUCGUUGAAGAUGGCUUUGGUGGCUGCCUGGCUGAAGUCGUGGGGCAUUUCCAAGGUGUUCGUGGUCACCAUCGACGACUCCUUCCCCAUUGGCAUGCGGGACGCGUUGCAGGGCUACUGCCCCACGUACAAUAUGACCUGCACGCUCGCGAGCAGCCUUGUGCCCUCCGCCGCAGCUGAUCAAACCGACACGCUCCUGGAUGAUCUGAUGGACGAGUUCGCGGCCUCGGGAACCAGAACCAUCAUACUCAACGGCCUGGUGGCGCAGAAUGCGAAAAUCAUGCAGAAGCUGAACAGCCGAGGCCUGUCCAACGGCGACGAAGGUUACAUCGUGGUCCACCCCGAAAAGAUCAGUGGAACUGAAACCGACUUCGAUGGAGCGUUCGCGGUGUUGCCCGACCACCAGAUAUCUGCCGCGUGGCUGGCCGCGUACGGCGUGGAACCGCCUCUGGUCGGCCAAGUCAAGCCGUGGGUGGAUGCUGGCGGAUUUCUGAACGAUUCCUUUGUGCACACUGCUCUCGAGCAGUCACCUAUAUGCGGCACGAAGCAGGACGUGCUGUGCGACAGCACAGAUAUCGGCUACGACGGGAAGAUGGGUCCACCUGAUUCAGUUAGGGAAAAUGUCUCGCAUUUCUCUUGGCCCCGGGUGAGACAGGACUUCAGUCUUUGCAGCGAGUAUAGUCCCUUAGCGUACGACGCGGUGGUGUCCUACGCGGCUGCGUUCGACAUUGGGUUGCGUUUAAACGCGCGUGGCCAGGGCUUCGACAAGGACUCGGCGACGCCAGCGAAGCUGAUGGAGAUGCUGAACAUCCUGACCCAGGGCGUGGAUUCGAGCGGCGACCCCGUGAUGCUCGAUAAGGAUGGCGACGGCGUGCCAGACACCCAUGUGAAGGAAUUCUAUGGGACUUGUCUUGGCUCGGGUGGGCCCAUCGGGUUCGAGUGGCGCGACGGCAUGCGGCAAGAACGCAGCUCUCACUUCUCAGUGGUCAACUACCGGAAGGCGUCGGCGGAUGCCACGACGCUGGACAGCGUCGCUACGUGGGACCUGUACAGCGCGACUCCCGGGGAUAUCACCAGUUGGGAACCCAAGCCGCGUACUGAAGUUCUCGCGGGCGUCAAGUUCGGGACGGGGGCGACUUUGGGCUUUCCCCGACCCGAGAGCUUCCUGCUGGGCAUGCCUCGAGUGUGCCCACCAGGGCAGUACCUGGAUGCCGUUGUCAGGGACUGCGCCUACACAAGCCCCGGCUACUACCAGCCACUGGAAGGGCAAGACUCCCAAUUGGAAUUUGGCAUGCCCACCGGGCACAUCUUGCGAGAGCGGCGGGUGCGCGGAUCAGUGCAACCCGUGCGCGCCAGGGCAGUUCCAGAACCUGAGCGGCCAGGCGACCUGCGAGCCAUGCCCCGCGGGGUCCACCACGGGCACUCCGGGCUCCUCGGCUUGCUCGCCGUGUCCGCCGGGGGAGUUCGCAGCCCUAGCGGGGAUGGACUCGUGUGCUUCGUGCGUGAUUGGACAGGUGCAGACUGCGGCGGGACAGACCUCGUGCGAGGCUUGCCCAUCAGAUCGGACCACGUUCGAGAACUCAGCCUCGCUGUUCGCCAGUUGCUUGUGUCUCGAAGGGACUAUGGAGCCAGAAAAGCCCAUUUUGGUUGA